AUGUUCUUAGAAUACGGCCACGCGGCGCUCAGUCCUAUCUCCUUCCCACUGCUUGUCAUUACGCUAUGCUGGGCCUCGUGGUGGUUGUGGAAAUUCACUAUUCGGCCCAAACUGUGGCCUCAGGAUCCAAGACCGCUGCCUUACUGGUUGCCAUGGGUGGGAUCUGCCAUUGCGUUCUUCCGAGACUCAUAUUCUGUCAUCAAUUCAGGCAUACCGGAGCACUUAGUCCGUGAACCGUUCACUCUGACACUGGGCGGCGAAGAGAUUUACGUCAUCACAGAACCCAAAGAUGUCGCCGAAGUGUACAAGAACAACAAUUCGCUAUCGUUCGAUGUCUUCAUCUCAGAUCUUAUGCUCUCGUGUGGAGCCACCGCUGAGACCGUGGACAAGAUGAAUCGAGCACCUCCACCAUAUCCCAGCGGCAGCAGCACCUCCGGCCUGAAUCCUGGCAACAAGUCACUCAUUAGGCUUGCUAUUGACUUUCACCAUUUUCAACUUCUCCAAGGGCCAAAGUCUCAUGCUGAUGAGAUCACAGACACGUUUCUUCGUCACAUUGACAAGUUCCUGCAAUGGGACAUUUUGUCAGAAGAUGGCCUACUUCCAGCCUCCAGGACAGCGGAAUCAAUGCAAGUUUCGUUGCUCAAAUUAUGUGGACGUGUGCUUAUUGAAGCUGGAACGAGGACUUAUUGGGGGAAACUCCUUUGGGAACUGGAACCCGACAUGCUUUCAUCCUUCUAUGAGCUCGAUCGCGGUAUUUGGAAGAUUCUGUUCCAAUACCCCAAGGUAUUUUCACAGGAAGUUUUGGCGGUAAGAGACAACAUUACGGAGACUCUUGCUAGGUACUACAGGUUGCCCAAGGAGAUACGCCAAGACGCUGCUUGGUUUACUAAAUCAAUGGAAACUGAGUCGAGGGAGGCCGGACUAGAUGAAAAUGAGAUGGCUGCGGCCAUCAUGAUCAUCUACUUUGUUAUAAACGGCAACACGUACAAAUUAUGCUUCUGGGCACUCUGCUACAUACUGAGCGAUCCAUCCUUGUUCACAUCCAUCUGCACUGAGCUCAACCGCCAGAAUCGCACCACACCACCCACUAUCGCUCAUCUAACCAAUCACUGCCCCUUGCUCAAUUCGACUCUAUCGGAAGUACUUCGCUUGUACACCAGCUCAGCCAGCAUGCGCUACAUCGUUACCGACACGCCGAUCGGCAAAUACAUGUUGCGCGCUGGCCGCAAAAUCAUGAUCCCGUACCGCCAGCUCCACGAGAACACCGCCGUGUGGGGAAGCGAUGCGCUUGUCUUUGACUCCAAGCGCUUCCUCGACAACAAGAGUUUGAAGUGGAGCACUAGCUACCGGCCAUUUGGAGGGGGCGCCACGCUCUGCGCGGGUCGGUUCGUGGCGAUGCAGGAGGUACUCAGCUUCAUCGGCCUGGUGCUGCAUCGGUAUGAUCUUGAGUUGGUGAAGGGGCCUGACGGAACGAGCCAGGAGUUCCCGCGCGUUGAUAGUAUGAAGCCUACUUUUGGGAUGAUGGGGCCGAUUGAAGGGAACGACUAUAUGGUGAAGGUUAUGAAGAGGUAG